CUUGCAAUUUUUCUGUAAGAACAACAUUUGCGCAUACGCUUCUCUUGCAAAUGAUUUCAAGAAUCAAGCCCCUUCUUGCCAGAUGACUCAUCCGCCCGAUCCGCCGUCACACGCGGCUGUGCCGCCAUAGUCAAUAGUGCGAUCGCGCUCGAUAUCGGCCUCCGCGUCGCAUAUCGAAGUAUACCAUACGUGUAUGUAUACCAUAUAUUGCGGAGCGACGAGCGACGAGGAAACUCCCCGGAGUCCCUCGAUUUCGGAUCCGGGAGAUAACAGCGAAUCUUAUCGCUCGUGGUAAGACGCCGGUUCUCCGCGCGUCCUCCACUCUCGGCUUUCGGUAGCCUCGCCGGUAUCGUGUCGGCGAGCGAUCUUUUGAAGCGUCUCCCGCCGAUCUCGACGUCGACAUUUUUUUUAGGGGGAGGGGGGAAGAGGGGUUUCCUCCUCUUUGGUUAGGAGCAUAGGCGCCUUCAACCCUGCCUUUGGGUUACAUAUAGCGCAAUCGACAUCGACGACGUCGCCGACACCCGGACUCCAGAGUCCGGACGUCCCCACGUCGUGCAUUGUCUUAAUUGUCUACCGAUAUGGAAGGACGCGGCUCACGCGGCGGUGGGGCGUAUCUCGCGGUCUUCUCUGGAAUUUUUGCGACCGCCGGUAGUCUUCUGGGCAAGCUUGCCGGUGGCGCUGACGCGUCGUCGUUGACAUCGUUGCUUCUAAAAGGAGUACUUCUCGUCUCUAUGAUUGUGAGCAACACCAUAGGAUGCACGUUUUUUGUCAAAGCGCUUCAUGGCAGCGGUUCUUCUUUGCCGAUAACCGUCGCCAGUGCGGCUACGAACUAUGUUUGUUCGGUGAGUUGUUAAAUCUUAUAAUUAAUA